AUGGCUGAAGUGGCUCCUUUGCUUGGUAAGUCAGUUUCGUCUUCUUCUUUUUUUUUUUAUAUAAUUAUGACGAAUGAUGCGAAACACAUGUGUCAAGGAAACGAGAUGAAUGUUUUUGUUGGAAAGUUUAAAUCUUUUUUUUUCUCUUUUCUGAGAAAAAAAGUUUGGGUUUUGUCGGAAAGGAGAAGAAGAAGAGAGACCAAAGAGGAGGUUUUUUGUAUUGGUAGCAACAACAAUGGCGAUUCGGUUCGAAUCCAGACAGAGGAAGUAGAAAAGAAAAGUCUCAACUUUCUCUUGUUGUCUUUUUGUGUUCACAUUCGACAAGGAGAUGGGAAGACGAGUGGCUAUUGGUUGAGAAUCGUGGGUGUUGAAAUAUUGAUUCGUUUAUUUCUUCUUUAACAAAAAUCCAAAAAUUAAUUAAUUCACUUUAGGGAGAUUGAUUAUUUUCUCAUUGAAUAAUGGAAGUAAAUAUGUGCUAAUGUGGUAAGUUUGGAUUUUUUUUUAAAAUAUGAAUGUGAAUGUUCAAAACUAUUUAAGAAGUCAACAGCUAAAUAAUAUGACUAGAUGCAGUA